GAAUGCGCCGCUUGGUUCACAGUUCCCUAAAGGAAGUAGGAAGUGAGAAGUAAGGAAAGUCUUUCUCCAAUCUCGCGCUUUUGCUCUCCGACUCCGACGAAGUAAGCUGAGGCUUGAUCUUCUUCUUCAAAAUCAAUCCAUUACAGUAUUGUAGUCUUUGCUAUGUUCCCACGGCAUUGAUCGCCAUUUCUCAGCUUCAUUUGGAAGAAGAAAUUGCCCAACGAUGCCUUCUCUGCAAACCGCUUUGCCUCCUGAACUUGCCAAUAACGCCAUUAGGCUUUACCGUGAGUGUCUUCGACGAGCUAAAUAUAUUGGACAUCGGCAACAUAACACACAACUUCUCAUUGAUAUGGUUAGACAGCAAUUUAAAAAGAACAUGCACGAGACUGAUCCAGAAAAAAUUCAGAAAUUGAAGGAUGAUGCUGCAAGAGGACUUAUCAACCACAUAAUUUAUGAGUCUGAGAAGGUGUCUGGUCGUAAAUUCAGCAAAAGCACAUGAUUUUUGUUUGGAAUUUUUCGAUCUAUGAUUGAAGUUGGUUUAUUAGAUGAAAAUUUUCAGUUAACAUAUAAAUAAAGAGCAAGACCUCUGUACUGUUAUCAUCUUCUGUUUAUGUUUAUGACUAUCAUCUGGUGAGUGUUCAAGCUUCUUGUGCUGAAUGAAAUAUCACGGCAGGAUUUAUCA